AUGCGCUCAGUGAUGCAUGACUGGGCGGACGAUCAGUGCCGUAAUAUACUCGGGCACCUCAAGGAUGCCAUGGAGCCAGGCUACUCCAAGAUCCUCAUCAGCGACUGCGUGCGGGCUGACGAAUAUGCAGCUUGGCAACACUUGUCCCUCGACCUAUUCAUGAUGGCCCUGGCAUCCUCCCAGGAACGUACCGAGAGCGAAUGGCGCGAACUCAUUGAGGGCUGUGUUCUGAAAAUAGCUGGCAUUUACAACAAGGGUGAGGGCAACGAGGGCCUCAUUGAAGUUGUGAUUUGA